UGCUUCUGGUGGUACUUUCUCAGUGUUCCGAGCGGUCUUACAGUGGAGGCCAGGGAAAGCGCCAUGGAACACGUGACGGAGGGUGCCUGGGAGUCGCUGCAGGUGCCGCUGCAUCCUCGGGUGCUGGGCGCACUGCGCGAAUUGGGCUUCCCUCACAUGACGCCGGUGCAGUCUGCCACCAUCCCUCUGUUCAUGAAAAACAAAGAUGUUGCUGCGGAGGCUGUGACAGGUAGUGGGAAAACCCUGGCCUUUGUCAUCCCCAUUGUGGAGAUUCUUCUGAGAAGGGAGGAGAAGUUAAAGAAGAGCCAGGUCGGAGCCAUCAUCAUCACUCCCACUAGGGAGCUGGCCAUUCAGAUUGACGAGGUCCUUUCGCACUUCACAAAGCACUUCCCGCAGUUCAGUCAGAUCUUGUGGAUCGGAGGCCGGAAUCCUGGAGAAGAUGUGGAGAGGUUCAAGCAGCAUGGUGGGAACAUCAUUGUGGCAACCCCUGGCCGCCUGGAGGACAUGUUCCGGAGGAAGGCUGAGGGUCUGGACCUGGCCAGCUGUGUGAGAAGCUUGGAUGUCCUGGUGCUGGAUGAGGCAGACAGACUUCUUGACAUGGGCUUUGAAGCAAGCAUAAACACCAUCCUGGAGUUCUUGCCAAAGCAGAGAAGAACAGGCCUUUUCUCAGCCACGCAGACACAGGAAGUGGAGAACUUGGUGCGAGCGGGCCUCCGGAACCCUGUCCGAAUCUCUGUGAAGGAGAAAGGCGUGGCAGCCAGCAGUACCCAGAAGACCCCAUCCCGCCUGGAGAACCAUUACAUGAUAUGUAAGGCAGAUGAGAAAUUCAAUCAGCUGGUCCAUUUCCUUCGGAACCAUCAGCAGGAGAAGCACCUGGUCUUCUUCAGCACGUGCGCGUGUGUGGAGUACUACGGGAAGGCCCUGGAGGCACUGCUGAAGAGAGCCAAGAUCCUGUGCAUCCACGGGAAGAUGAAGUACAAGCGCAAUAAGAUCUUCAUGGAGUUCCGCAAGCUGCAGAGUGGGAUCCUGGUGUGCACGGAUGUAAUGGCCCGGGGAAUUGAUAUUCCUGAAGUUAACUGGGUUUUACAGUACGACCCUCCCAGCAAUGCCAGUGCCUUUGUGCAUCGCUGUGGACGCACAGCCCGGAUAGGCCACGGCGGCAGCGCUCUGGUGUUCCUACUGCCGAUGGAGGAGGCGUACAUCAACUUCCUGGCCAUUAACCAGAAAUGCCCCCUGCAGGAGAUGAGCCUCCAGAGAAACACAGUAGACCUUCUGCCAAAGCUCCGGGCCAUGGCCAUGGCCGACAGGGCAGUGUUCGAGAAGGGCAUGAAAGCCUUCGUGUCCUUCGUCCAGGCUUAUGCAAAGCACGAGUGCAGCCUCAUCUUCAGGCUGAAGGAUCUCGACUUUGCGAGCCUUGCUCGAGGGUUUGCUCUGCUAAGGAUGCCCAAGAUGCCAGAACUGAGGGGGAAGCAGUUUCCAGAUUUUGUGCCCACAGACGUCGAUACUGACAUGAUUCCAUUUAAAGAUAAAAUUAGAGAAAAACAGAGGCAGAAACUUUUGGAGCAAAAAAGAAAAGAGAGGACAGAAAAUGAAGGGAGAAGAAAGUUCAUCAAAAAUAAAGCUUGGUCGAAGCAGAAGGCCAAGAAGGAGAGGAAGAAGAAGAUGAAUGCGAAGAGGAAAAAGGAUGAGGGUUCGGAUAUCGAUGACGAGGACAUGCAGGAACUCCUUAAUGAUACAAGGCUCUUGAAAAAGUUUAAGAAAGGUAAGAUCACAGAAGAAGAAUUUGAGAAGGGGUUGCUGACAAGCACCAAAAGAACAGUCCCACUGACAGACUUAGGGGUCUCAGACUUGGAAGAGGACGGCUGACCUCAGCCUCAGGUGAAGGCUAUUAUGCCACCACCCACACUCCUGCCCUUUCCGGAAGACUGUUCUGGAAAGCUGCCUGCGCUGACGGGGAAACACCAAAGAACUGUACACCCACGAGCACUACAGUCCUACCAGAGUCUCACAGAACUGUUUCGUUAUUUGAAUGGAUAUCUGUACUUUAUAACAGAUGUCAGUAUUGAUUUUGAUUGUGCUUUUUCUGGUGUAAUUUUGUACUUUAUAUUAGACUUAAAAUUUUCAUAUAUAUGAAAUAUUUUAUAUGAAUAUGAAUAUAUAUAUACUUAUUUUAAAUUAUUACCUUUUAAAAACAGAUACUGUAGUACACUUGAUUUUAGGCCUUGUAAAAUUUCUAAGUAUUCCCAGUCAGAUGACCUCCCCUUCCUUCCUCCCACCCAAAUGUGGCAUGUCCUGUGCAGGCCUGUCUGGAGCACCUGCAGAUUCAGAGGCGGCUAUGCACAGUGGGUUCUAGGUUCCUUCUUUCCUUUGCAAUAGGGGCUACACUAUGUAGUCGAGGAUGAUUUCAGAACGAUCCUCCUGCCUCAGGCUCUGUGUGCUGGGGUUACAGGCUGCGCCACCACACCCGACUAGAGUGAGGACAUUUUAGUAUUGACUCUGGUGCUAUCUUACUGGCAGAUAGAUGUCAGCCAGGGAUGGAAUUCUGUCCUGAGACAAUGCUGCUAGGCUGUUUGUGGUGUUCCGCACAACUGUGCUUAUAGUUUCUGGCCUGGGGCUCCUGGUACUGAUGCAAUAACCAUAUUCAAAUCGUUCAUAUAAUUUAUUUUAAAAGAUCCUGAUCUGUUCCCAUGUUUAAUUUACAAAAGCUGUUGGGGACUUAAUCAUAUUUAAAGUAAACUACUUUAUAGACAGAGGUUAGGUCCAGACAUUCUGUAAGCAGCAUCCUGGAAGGCAUUGGUGUUUUCCUGUCUGGCCUGACCCUGCUGAGGAGGUGCAGCCAGCAGUGUCUCCUGCCUUGUCUGUAAGGCGCCACGAUGUGUUCUCAGUGGUCGCCACCGCAGAGCGGCCUGCGUCACUUUCACUGAUUGAGAAGAGGGUCCCCACUCGUGUGCUGUCUUUCCUUGGUUUGCAGCCAGUCACCUAACUGUACUUCCGCAGACAGUGGGUUUCUGAAACCAGAAGGAUGCUUCAGCUUGGUUCUAUAACUGGGAACAGGUUUCAGAUGUGACAGAGCUGAGUUGAAAGGAUUCGCCAGGACUUCCGACACGAACCGAUUCAGUUUGGAGCCGGCUGGCUCACCCUUGCACACGUGCUCCCUGCAAGCUGGCAGGAGGGAACUCUGCUCACAGGUACAGCUUGAUGAGCUCAUCACUUACAGCAGAUGGCGUCAGCACGCCCAGGUCCGUAAACAGCAGGGUGAUCAAGGACGGGGAAGUAUAGUCGACCCACGGGUGUUCCUCUUUGAGGUCCUGCCCAGUCUGCACAGACUUGAGAGUGUCUGCCUUGUACUGAGGAGGGAAGAACUUGUAUUAGUUGGGUUGGCCUCGUAUUCAGGCUCUCUACUGCUGAGGCUGUAGUUUGAGCACAAAGUGAGCUCACGUCAGGACUGCCCCCAUGUCGGGAAACUGGCUGUGUGGCAGGCUAGGAGGGACAGUACUCACAGGAUCCCAUCCCAUCCCAGAUAAGCAAAUCUACACUGAAAGGGCCUGACCAAGGUCAUGUUUUAUAAAAACAGGUGGGAAUGAAGAUGAGUUGAUUCUAAGGCUGGGGUUCCACCACCAGCCACACAGUAUGGUGCUAUUUCAUUUGUAUUUUAAUAAAUAAAGCUUGCCUGAAGAUUAGAGACUAAAA